AUGAGCGUGCCUCAGCACGUUGCACUGGCGGUGGGUCGGUUUAUAGUGUUGGCAGUGGCCAUUGAACAACGAAUCGUGAUUCUGUGGGCUACCUGGGACGGAAGUACGACAAGAUAUCAGCUUGUAGACUUGGGGUCGCGAACUGAAGGAUCCCUUAUCAUCCACGGAUACAGCAACUAUCUGUGUGUGCUGUGCACUUUAAAACAUCGGGCUGUUGAUGGGAAAGACGGCAAGUUGCUCCAACGCGCUCAUCAAGAUUUUCCUUCCAUGCAAGAACAAGAAGACCCUGCUGUUCCCCAGAUAGUAGAGGAAAACAUGGGAGCCAUUAUUAUCGACCUGGUUCUUCUCAUCUGUGGAAAUAACUGGGAAGAUGUUUGCUUUGAGUCUCGGCUCAAGUGCGUCGACAAGCUUAUGAGCAUCCAGUCCGUGGCCUCCUGUGCCGAGCAACUGUUUCUUUUGACAAUGCAAUCCAUCAUCCAGUGUAAUACAGUUUCAGUGGGAGGCAAGCGACGUCUUGUUGUGCAGAGCAUCCAUCCGCACUUCUUACAUGAUACCCUUGCCACCCGAAGAUCAGAGUUAGGAAGUCCAAAUGGCCUACACAUGACCGUACAUAUGGAGGAAUUAGGGGACGUGCUUGUGGCAGUCUAUGGCUCUUUUCUAUAUAUCCAGCGACUAAGCGAGGGCAACAUCACCCUUUACUAUGACAGCACCAAAGAUGCCAAGUGGCGGGAGGCCUUCAUUAAAUACAAGCGACUUUCCAUCUUGAAGGUUGAAAGGUUUCGCAGUCAUGAGUUAGAAGAUCAAAAGUCUAAAGGGCCUAUCUACUACUAUCUUAUCGUUGGGAGCCCCGGUGUGUUGCUGUACAUGACAUGGAGUGCAAUGGGAGUAUCCUUUGUUACUCUGCUUGAGGCCUAUCUUACUACACGCGCAGAGUACACUGGUUGUGUGCGGUGUGCAGAGAAUCUGCUUCUAUUGAAUCAUAGACAGCAAAAGGUCUUCUGUGCCAAGAGGGUGACCCUGAAGAACGAGCCUCUGCACAAUGUCCCUGCGUUUGUUGAGGCUCCGUUGACAUUGCCCGGAAUCCUCACUUCAGAAAGUGUUAUAUUUCGUCUAGAUUUGAUCGACUUUAAUCCUCACAACCUUCCUCUUUCUGUUUUGAUUAGCUACAAUGGCGAUGGCAUCACGUGUCAUUGCGUUGAUCCCGCCAUCAAUGCAGAACCUCAGCAGCUACACUCUUUUCUUCCCAUGUACAAAAGUUUUCUUUUACAUAGUAACAAGGAUCACGGGCCAGUGUAUGAACUGAGAGCCAGCCCGCAUCUAGAACGAAAUGCAGAUCAGCUUGUGGCGAUAUCUUUUUCAAGGUACCAUCUCUUCAGAAGGUUGGAGUUCUAUUGGGAUGCUGGCCCUGACAGGCCGUUCUGUAGUAUUUUCCCUGCUGUUGUUAAUUACUACAACAAGGGCAAGCAUCUGGUAGAGAAAAGGCUGCGCUUGCCGGUUCUACCAUUUGAUGUAACUGAAGCCGCCCAAAAGAGUCGUGAUUCUGUCGGAGACCUUUAUGCAAAUCUGAGAGCUAGACUCUCGACAAGUACUUACGUCUAUGGCGACUAUCUGGUGACCGUUCACACCUCUAAUGAAGCACACGAGUUUGCCAGUUGUUUGUUGCGGCGGUGGCUUUACUCUCAUCCAUCGUCUGAGUUUGGCCCACUGUUUGCAGCAGCCUACUAUCUCCUGAUAACGAAUCUCAGAACAUGCGAUCAGUAUUGGCUUCCCCUACCGUUUCAUCUUCCUUGUUCGAAAUUUGAAAUAGCAUCUACGCACAUCACGGAGAGUGAUUAUGCCGGCAAGCGCGUGCCCGAGCUCAGUAUGAUUCUAUGCUCACUCAUGAUGCAUUCUGAAACCAUCCUGCUCUGCCGCUGUACCUUCAAAGAGGGGCGUACAUCAAUGGUGUCUAGCAGUCUCAAUAGCCUUCUGCUAUCGGUGACAGACUUAACGGACGUGGUCGUCAGGCGUGUCCCAGGUCUGCAGCUUCGGAUGGUUCACGCUGGUUCAAAUAGUAGCUAUGCGCUUAUUACUCCAGAUUGUUGUGUCAUAGAACUGUAUCAUGACCUGGCAGAUGGAGGGGCGUCGUACGAAGAAAUAAAGCCGCUACAGCAUAGAGUACACAAGGUGAUCUACAAGCAGCUUUGUGCAGCGCUAGUCUGUCAAUUGUGUGGGGACUAUGAGCGGACCUUGACGCCCGCAGGGCAAAGUCCUUGUGUGGAGCAAGACAUCGGCAAGUCCAAGGGGAGCACUCAGCCAUACCUAACAAUAGGGGGAAACCCCAAUCCGCGGAUAUCAAUUUUGAACGGAAUGCAUGGGCGGCGCUUCUAUUGCAUCGUAUUCAUUGGAGAAAGAAAGAUGUUUGGGCUUUCUAUACCAUCCCUGUCGGUCGACAAAUCUCUUGCUGCAAAGCGCUUUCCAGAGGAAGAACUCAAGUGGUACCAGCUUGUGAGCAGACUAGACGACGAGGCUCCUUUGGCUCUUGGGUUAAUGCUUCUCAGCCACGGCUCCAAAAAGGUAGCCAGAAUUUACAAGUUCCCAAUACUGGCCUGUCUUCAAAGAGACGUUCUAUCUCUCGACAGAGAUAUUUCUAUUUAUGAUUAUCUGGAUGCAAUUACAGUUCCUCUAGCUCAAGGAGAGGCGUAUAUAGGCCUUGUGAACCUCUCUACUGCUAACACAAUGAGCGACUGGAUCCUGGUCUGCAUCUUGGACAAACACAUCUGUGUGUACAGCGUGCCCUUAGGAACCAUUUUGACCUUGGAGCGAGUGAACGGGCAGGUAAGCCCAAUACGAGGGGUGCAGGGCUUUGCGUGGCUGGACGGGGCUGCAAUCUACAUUCAUGGCCAACAUUCGUCUCAGCUGGUUACCUUGAUGCAAACCCAUAAGGCGAUUGAUGGGACGUGA